UUAUUUAUAAAAUGAAUUAAAGUACGAUAAUGACGUAAACCUAAAUUAUUAAAUUAAUCACUAAUAAAUGAAUAUAUCGCCUAAUCGAUAUUAUUUUGAUUACAACUUUAAAUAUAACUAAAAUUAUUUACAUAAUUAAUAUGAAAUUGGCAAUAAUAUGAUAUUUUAUCCUCCUCAUUAAAGUUAAUAUUUGGUACAUAACAAUUUUCUUUAUUAAUAAUAAUACCCUUAAUAUUUUAAUAAUCUAAAUACAAAUAAAGGCUUUAAUUGCUAAAAUGAGUUUGAUUAAAAUUUUAAUGAACAGUAAUUAGGAUUAGUUAAUAAUAAUAAUUAAAUGAUAGAAAAUAGAAUUAAGUUAGAAUUUUAGAAUACAAAAGUUAAAUAAGAGGAUUUAAAUUAUUAAAACAUUAAUUAAACAUAAAUGCAGUAAAAUAAACACGAAUUAUUAUAAAAAGAAAUCUAAUAAUAAAUUAAAUAAACACCUAUAAAAAUAGAUUCUGAUACAUUAUUAACAACUCCAAUAUAUAGUGAAAAUUCUAAAUAUAAUACAUAAUAAAAUAUUGAUUAUGAUUCAUCGUAUAAUAAAAAAUUAAUAGGAGGUUUGACAUAAUUAGAAAGAUAAUAAAAAAUAAGAAAUUAUUUAGAAAAGAAAAAAAAAGAACGUAUAUAUAAAAUAAAAAAAUAAUAUAAAUUAAUAAUUUAAAAAAAGUUGGUAUAAAAAAAUAUCAUAUGAUAUAAGAAAAAAAGUAGCAGAUAAUAGGCUGAGAAUAAAAGGAAGAUUUGUAACAAAAAAAUAAGCUAUUAAGAUCUUAUUAUUGAAAGGAAAAGAAGAUGAAUAUACAUUAGAAUCU